CGAAUAGAGAGGGAUCUCGAAAGUAAGAUUGGUUGAUGAAUAGUUUCGAAUUCAUUUUCUUCUGCAGGUUGGUUGUGAUUCAGGGCGGAGGAAUUUGCAACUGUCUCCAUGAAGCUUGGCGAGAACAUGUGUUGACCAACGACAAACCUCAACAAGGAAAAAGUUCGUAGUCGCAGGAAUCGGGCACAGGGAAGAGGUGAACGGGAGAAUGAGAUUGCAAGUGGCACCACUCCACCACGUGCAUAUUGGUAUUUCAAUGAUCCUCGCACAUUAACUACUUUCUAGGUAAUUGGAAGGAAACGAAUCAUGCCAUUUAUGGCUUCUCAUGGCCCCGGGAAUCUGCUCACAGAUUGGAGCUCGCAAGCAAGAUUCUUAGUCGACGGACUACCAAAUACAUCCAGUCAGUUCUAAACCGUUUCCCUAUCUCCUCUCACCCUCGCUUGUGGUGAAUGAGUUCCGAGGACUUAGACGGGGGUGCAUAAAAAUUGGUAGAAUCUAGUUUGCAACAGCAGCGGUGGAGCGGAAGGGAGUUGGGGGGUACAAAAUCGCCGAUUCCCGGCCUUGGAUGCUAACGACAAUUUUGUGGACUAAACAGGAGGGUCCACCAACGGCGAAGUUGCAUUGCCGAUUCCAUCUCGGACUCGCUGUUGGCAGUUGUAAAUGCUAGGAAAGUCUUGACCUUCACGAUUCUGGCAUUUUUCGGUCUGUCACGUAGGUACAGAGGAUCCACGGAGGUCUUUGGGAAUGUGUGACAAGGGUCCUAUAUAAAGGUUGUUGUAGGGCCUUAGUGGAGGAGAUUCAGGUGCGUAUAAGUUGAUCAUCCCAACAGCAUGCGAGUCAUUCCGCUCCGGUCUCAGUUCCCUUUGCAGUGCAGGUGCAGAGACGCUUAGAGUGUAGCAUCCGGCUCCUCAACACGGAGAGUCUGUAACGAUGGCUCCUUGCAACUUUGCAGCCAUAACAGCAGGUGCGGAGUACUACUUCAAUGACCCUUUGACGGGCGAGUGCACCCGACAGUCUAGUUACUUUGGUGGGAAGGCUUUCCUCUCUCAGGGCGUUGGCUAUGCUGUCGUGUUGGGAUUCGGCGCACUCUUUGCAGUUGUGACGUCCUUCCUGGUGUGGUUGGAGCAGCGUUUCGUCUACUCCAAACACAAUUCGGAGUGGUUUAACACGGCUGGACGGAACAUCAAGACAGGGCUGAUCGCCAGUGUCAUCGUGUCACAGUGGACAUGGGCUGCAACCAUUUUACAGAGCUCCAACGUGGCGUGGCAGUACGGAGUUAGUGGGCCUUUCUGGUACGCUAGUGGCGCCACUGUGCAGGUGCUGUUGUUCGGUGUGUUGGCAAUUGAAAUCAAGAGGAAAGCGCCCGCUGCCCAUACCAUCUGCGAGAUUGUUCGCGCUAGAUGGGGAAAAACGGCGCAUAUCGUCUUUCUCUGCUUCUGUUUCGCCACCAACAUCAUCGUCACAGCUAUGCUUCUUCUUGGAGGGUCUGCUGUUGUGAAUGCUCUCACGGGAAUGAACUUAUAUGCCGCAAGUUUCCUCAUUCCUCUGGGAGUCGUUGUCUACACCCUGCACGGAGGUCUUAAGGCCACAUUCUUGGCUAGCUACCUUCACUCCGUCGUUGUGCACGUUGUGCUCGUGGUGUUCGUCUUCUUGGUAUAUGUGAAGAGUGACAAGCUUGGAACUCCCAAGGAAGUCUACAAUAGGCUUUACUCCGUGUCGCAUGAUAGAGAUUGCACUCCUCCUCUCAACUUCGACUCCCAGGCGUGUGGACCUGUCGCGGGCAAUAAUGGCGGAUCCUACCUCACCAUGCUUAGCACUGGAGGUUUGGUCUUUGGUAUCAUCAACAUUGUUGGAAACUUCGGCACAGUGUUUGUGGACAAUGGGUACUGGAUGAGUGCCAUCGCUGCUCGCCCCACCUCUACACACAAGGGUUACCUGCUCGGAGGAUUGGUGUGGUUUGCCGUGCCUUUUUCCCUGGCUACCUCUUUGGGUCUUGGAUCACUGGCUCUUGGUCUGCCCCUCACGGCCGAUGAGGCUAAUCAUGGUCUCGUUCCCCCUGCUACAGCUACGGCACUCAUGGGCAAGAGCGGCGCCGUUCUUCUGCUUACCAUGCUCUUCAUGGCUGUGACUUCUGCAGGAUCGUCAGAACUGAUUGCAUUCUCCUCCCUCUGCACUUACGACAUCUACCGCACCUACAUCAAUCCCAAGGCCAAUGGGAAGCAAAUUCUGUGGGUGUCAAGGUUGCUCGUGUUGCUGUUCGGGUGCUUUAUGGGCGUUCUGGCUAUCGUGUUGAACAAGGCGGGGGUCUCCUUGGGCUGGAUGUACUUAGCCAUGGGAGUGUUUAUCGGGUCAGCCGUCAUUCCCGUGGCCUUCUUGCUCCUGUGGAGGAAAGCCAAUGCCAAGGGUGCCAUUGCCGGGUCUGUCAUUGGAAUGCUGGCGGGAGUUAUCACAUGGCUCACCGUGACCGAGGUGAUGUACAAGCGCGUCAAUCUGGACACCACGGGCAGGAACGCCCCCAUGCUCGCGGGCAACUUGGUGUCCAUUCUUACAGGAGGCGCCGUUCACGCCAUCUUCAGCGUUAUUUCUCCCCAGAACUAUGACUGGAGCACCACCAAGCACAUCACCAUGGUUGAGCAAGACGCAUCCGACGUUCCGGAGGAGGAGUACAACGAAGAGAAGCUGAAGAAGGCCAGGAGUUGGAUUAUCAGGUGGGGCAUUGGCUUUACCAUUCUGAUUGUCAUCAUCUGGCCCCUCAUGGCUCUACCUGCUAAGGUGUUUUCGGAGGGUUACUUCACGUUCUGGGCCGCCAUCGCCAUCAUCUGGGGUACAGUAGGCUCUGCUGUGAUCAUCAUCAUGCCCAUCGUCGAGAGCUGGGAAACAAUCUACCUCAUUAUCUUGGGAAUGAUCUGUAGAUCCCCGGCCAAGGUGCCCAAGCACAUCAGUGACGAGAAGACAACUGCCGGUUAAUUGGUAAUCGCGACCUAGGCUUAUUGUUUCCCGAUUGUGAAGUUCAAAAGCCAAGCCGCAGGAGCGUGUGCAAAGGCUGUGAAUGGAGGAGGUUUGUUGUCCCUUGUGUUUUAUAUUUUCAAGGUACCUUCUCGGACCCCUAGUGGUUGUACGCUCUCAAGGUGAACCUGGUUUGAUUUGGCAACGAAGGAUAGCGUGACUUGUCACAAGUUUGUGUAGAAGUACCAUGGCAUUGCUCCUGGAGCUUGUAGAGUAGCAUCUGUACCAGAGGAAAAUACCUAAACCAAAGGAUUGUUCAUACGAUGCGCCACCUAUCAUUGCAAAUUGAUCGUUUGGGUCGCUGUGAUUGUGCCAUUUGCAAACGUGUUUAAGUCUUUCAAUAAACUGGACGCAUCAUUCAUGACA